UCAGGUUCCAAUUUUCACUCUCCAAUUCCCCUACUUCAAAAAAAAAAAAAAUAGCAAAUAAUGAUUUCCAUUGAUUGUGCACAGAAACGCCCUCCGUCGUAAUUUCCCUGGGACAGUGAUUUCGGGUUUCAUGGACUGCAGUCCAUAUAUUCGAUUAAAUGUCACAAUGAUGUCAUAAUGAGUAAGGAUGCUGCUGUUGAUCUGUGAUAGAAAGAAAACAACACGAGAAAUUCUUGUUAAUUCCCUUACGGCUGCGUCAACCAAAAUUUCCUAACUUUCCUCCAAGUUAGCGCAUUUGGUCCAAUGGGCACAGGACAGGACAGUUUCUUCAUUUUCCUUUCUCCAAAAUUGGGCUAUGGUCUAUUUGCAGCCCCGCAAAAUUUGACAAAAUUGCAAAAUCAAUUAUUGUUUUUCAUUUUUUUUCACUACAGGACAUUGGGGAAGAAUGUAGUUGUCAACAAAAUCACUCUUUACUUGCGAGAAGUCUUAGCCAGCUGAGGACUUCUCUUAAUUGAAAGUAUGAUCAAAUUCGACACACGGUUAAAUUCAGUGAAGAGAAGACUAGAGAACCAGUAUGGAUUUUCAAACGUUGUUCCUGCAAUCUUUACUUCUAAUCCUCCAUUUCACACUUUCUUCCUCCAGGGACACCAUAGCCAUAAAACAAACCCUUCAAGAUGGCCAGCUUCUAAUCUCCAGAGAAAAGAAAUUUGCGUUAGGAUUUUUUAGCCCUGGAAGUUCCGGGUAUAGAUAUCUUGGAAUCUGGUACCACAAAGUCCGAGAGCAUAAUGUGGUUUGGGUAGCAAAUAGGAACCAUCCAAUCAAGGGCUCUUCAGGAAUUCUCUCCAUUAAUCAAUAUGGAAAUCUCAUUCUCUACAGCAAUCAUAGCCAGACAGUUCCUGUAUGGUCUUCAAAUGUCUCGGUGGAAGUUGCAGAUACUUAUGUAGCUCAGCUCUUGGAUUCAGGAAACUUUAUUUUGAUUGAAGAUAGAAGUAAAAGAAUUGUGUGGCAAAGCUUUGAUUAUCCGACAGAUACUCUGCUUCCAGAUAUGAAAGUUGGACUGUAUCCGAAGACUGGUCAUUACUUGACCUUAACAUCAUGGAAGUCAGCAGAUGACCCUGGAACUGGAGAUUACUUGCUUAAGCUCAAUCCAGCUGGAUCACCACAAAUCUUUCUCUCUGACGGUAGAAAAAAUUAUUGGCGAAGCUACCCAUGGCCAUUCAGAAGUUAUACAGGUGUGUGGAACUUCAGUUUUAUCAACAAUGAAGAUGAGAUAUACGUGGCCUACUUUCUUGCUGAUGCUUCUGUUAUCCUAAGAAUAGUGUUGAACUAUGUUGGAUUUAUUAAGCACCUGACAUGGCAUGAAAGUACUGGCAAAUGGAAGGAAUGUGUGUCAGAACCCAUUAAUCAGUGUGAUAUUUAUGGGCAUUGUGGUCCCUAUGGAAAAUGUGAUUCAAACCAUAUUAUUCAAAAAUUUGAAUGUAAUUGUUUACCUGGUUAUGAGCCCAAGUCCCCAAGAAACUGGCAUAUUCUGCGAGAUGGGUCAGAUGGGUGUGUUAGAAAGCGCCUAGACACUUCUUCAGUAUGUGGGCAUGGAGAAGGAUUUGUCAAAGUGGCAGAUGUUAAGAUUCCUGAUACUUCAGCAGCAGUUUGGGUGAACAUGAACAUGCCUCCUAUGGACUGUGAACAGGAAUGCAGGAGGAAUUGUUCGUGCUCUGCAUAUGCAAGCAUAGAUAUUGCUGGGAAAGGAACUGGUUGUUUGGCAUGGUAUGGUGAAUUAAUGGAUACCGUAGAUAAUAAGGAUGAGGGAUAUGACAUUUAUGUCCGUGUUGAUGCAAUUGAAUUAGCUGACAUUGUGCAAAAAUCAAAUGGUUCUCUUGGAAGGAAGGAUGUGUUGGCCAUUUUAGUAGUAUCAGUUGUUUCAGCUUGGUUUGUCAUCAUCUUAUUUGCAUAUUUGUGGCUCAAGAAGAAGAAGAAAAGAAGCAUGAAGAACAAAUGGAAUGAAAGAUUGCACAAUACAAAUGUUGAUGCAUACCACAAGGUUAAUAUGGUGGCAAAUGAAGUUCGAGGCAGCAUGAAUCAUCCAGACAUAGCAUUUUUUGAUUUUAAUACAAUACUUACAGCGACUAACAAUUUCUCUCCAGCUAAUAAGCUGGGACAAGGUGGUUUUGGCUUGGUUUACAAGGGUCAGCUGUCUAAUGGACAGGAGGUUGCUGUGAAACGGCUAUCCAAAAACUCAGGGCAAGGAAUAGAAGAAUUUAAAAAUGAAGUUAUGUUGAUCGCAAAGCUUCAACACAAGAAUCUUGUGAAACUGCUAGGAUGUUGCAUUCAGGAAGAAGAGCUAAUGUUAAUUUAUGAAUACUUGCCAAACAGAAGCUUGGAUUCAUUGCUUUUUGAUGAAACAGGGUCAAUCUUGGAUUGGAGAAGACGCUUUAAUAUCAUCAUAGGGAUUGCUCGUGGAAUCUUAUAUAUGCACCAAGACUCCAGGUUACAAAUUAUCCAUAGAGAUUUAAAAACUAGCAACAUUUUAUUGGAUGCAGAAAUGAACCCAAAAAUUUCAGAUUUUGGCCUAGCUAGAAUCUUUGAAGGAGACCAAAUUCAAGGAAAGACAAACAGAAUUUUUGGAACAUUCGGCUACAUGUCCCCAGAAUACGUGGUGUUCGGAAAAUAUUCAAUAAAAUCUGAUGUCUUCAGCUUUGGAGUUAUAUUAUUAGAGAUUAUUUCAGGAAAGAAGAGCACUGGCUUUUAUCAAGAGGAUUCUAACCUAAGUUUGAUAGGGCAUAUAUGGCAAUCAUGGAGAGAAGGGAGACUACAGGAGAUAAUUGAUUCCUCCCUAAAGGAUUCAUAUCCCCGUGAUGAAGUAUUGAGAUGCAUCCAAAUUGGGCUGCUAUGUGUGCAAGAAGAUGCUUUGGACAGACCAACCAUGUCAGCAGUCGUGUUAAUGUUGAAUAGUGAAAUUGCUCUUCCUUCUCCUAAACAAGCUGCAUUCGUUUUCAGAAAGUCCAGCAAUAAUUCUUGCUUAUUAGAAGCAGAAGAACAAUUUUGUUCAGUGAAUGAGUUGACAAUUAGUGAGGUUGCAAGUCGCUGAGUAUAUUGUCUCAUAAUAUCAUCUGAUCAUUUUGCUUUUCUAAUUUUUCUAGCCAUGAUUUCAUUUAGCAAGCUUUCAUGAACAGAGAAAGAUAUCAAAUAAUAAAUAGUUCAUAUCA